AUGGACCUGGGUCCGCUGAACCGGGUUGGCUGUCCCACGUGCGUUCGACCACAGGGGUCGAGCGAUAUAGAUCUAACGUGGAGCACGUCGGCGGCUGGCGUCCGUCUCUCGGACUGGAGGGUGAAUGAGGGUGAGUCCCUGUCGGACCACCUGUAUGUUAGAUAUAGCUACAGGCACGAGGCUGCAGGGGUCCGAAAUUCUCGCCCGCAAGAUAAAAAGCUCCCUCGCUGGAAGGUUAACUCCCUGGAUGAGGACUACUUGGCUGCGGCCUUCAUUUCAAGGGAGUGGACGGGUGCAACUAUGUGCGGGAGGAGUGCGGCCGGUGCGGAUUGUGUGGACAAGAUGGUGAAGUGGGCACAGUCUACACUGAAGCAAGCGUGCGACAUGGCCAUGUCCCGAGUGAGGGGACAAACUCGCGGUAGUAAAAGUACUUACUGGUGGUCGGACGAAUUAACGAACCUUAGGACCGUUGCGACGGCCACAGUAAGGAAACUUUCCAGAGCCAAGAAAAAGAAGAAUAGUGAGGAAAUAGUGCGGUGCCUGGACGCUCGAAGGGACGUAAGGAGGGCACUGAUUAGGGCUAUUAAAGAAGUCAAGAAGAACUCAUGUAGGGACCUGCUAGACUCCAUAGAGGAGGAUCCAUGGGACAGACCCUACAAACUGGUCUUGGGAAAACUAAGGCCUUAUGCCCCACCAGUAACUGAAACCAUGGAGGAUGAGGUACUGAAGAAUAUUCUCUCUAAGCUAUUCCCAGGAGGACCAGGAACUGAUGAGCCGCAGGAACCUACACUUUCAGAGGUGACUAUCUCUGUGGAGGAGGUCUUGGUUGCCGCCUGGAAAGGAAAAGGAAGAAAGGCUCCUGGACUGGAUGGAAUACCGGAUGUGGUCGUUCCCGACAGUGUGGAAGGUAGCGGGGCUCGUCCUGAUCAAAAAGAAAAGGGACGCGCCCCCGGACUCACCGGAAUCAUAUAG